AUGGAGGGUGAGGAGGACAGCUCCGGCACCGCGGUGCAGCGCCCGCCGCCGCCGCCGCCGCAGCAGCAGAUACGGGUGGUGCGCUGCCCCAAGUGCGACAAGCUCCUGCCGGAGCUGCCCAAUUACUCCGUCUACGUCUGCGGCGGUUGCGGCGCCACGCUCCAAGCAAAGAACAACUCAGGAUCUGAUGCUUCUUCAGACACUGAGCAUGUGAAGUACCUUGAAGUGCUUGAGAGUUUACCAGAUAAGAAAGGGGCAGCAUCUGAAGCUAGUUGUGCUGUUCGAGAAGCAGACACCAAUAAAGUCGAAGCUAGGUCAGAAGAGAGAUUUGUACCUAACAGAAUGGUGGCCGCUGCACAUAGCCAAUCUGGAUUCAGUUUCGAUAAUAACCAAACUACUUGUGCACCCAGCUGCACCAUGAAGCUUGAACAUGCACUUAGAGAUGACAGCAGGGAAGUUCGAGAGGCAAAAUACCGCCGCAUUCGUCAUGAAGAGAAAGGAGAAGCAAAGUGGCCAGCAAGGGUUAGAGACAGAUCACCAAGGCCUGUGGUUAACAGCAUCCCUUCUAAUGCUUUUCCAGUAGAAGGGCCAUCUGAGUGUCGUAUGAUACCGGGAUUCAUAUUUGCUAACGGUGAGAAGGGCAAUCUGAGUGACAGGAAUUCAGAUGGUCCUAGCACCAGAGUCAGUGGCCUUGAGAAAGACCGUAGUGAGCUUCUGCAGAUGCUUGAUGAGUUGCGGGACCAGGUACAGAGAUCCUGCGAGAUUGCUGACAAGUCAAGUGUGAAUGCUUCGACAAACAGAAUGGUGGAUCCUGCAAGCUGCUACAAUCCUCAUGAGCGUCUGAGUCGAUUGCGGUAUGGUUCACCUCAGUUGCAACGGAAUGGUUCUCAGCGCUCACCUUCUUUGAAUGGGCAGGCGCCUGUUGUUCCUCCUGCUUAUCCUUCAGUAUCUGUACAGCAAGAUCUCCAUGGAUACGGGGAAUCGGUUGCACACAUGGGAGCUCCUAGCUACCCAGCCGCCCCAUAUCCAUGGAGAAACUUUGAUAAUUAUUUCCAUGGACAGUAUGAUCCUGACCCUCUGAUCUCUUAUCACCAUGACGGCUUCUACCAUCAGCCUGCUUGCUCUUGUUUACAUUGUUACCAUCGUGAAUUCUUACCUGUUCAUGGGGCUCCAUUGGGUUUCAACCAUCGCAGGGCACCGUAUCUUAUGGACAAUCCUAGCUUGUACCCUGUAGAAGGCCCAGUUGUGUUUGGUGCACAGAAUUACAAUUCAAGAGGCAUGAAUGGUAUGAUGCGACGCAAUCACAUGAGGGCCACCCUGAGCAAAAAAACUGCACAGACUUGUGAACCAAUUGUCAAUGGUGCCCCUUUUACCAUAUGCUACAAUUGCUAUGAAGUGCUGCAGUUUCCCAAGAAUUCUCUCUUGUUGGGAAAAGAUGAGUAUAAGCUGCGUUGUGGGUCAUGCUCACAUGCAAUAGUGGUCAGACUUAAUGGAAGCAGGCUUGAUGUUUCAGCACCUACACCAAUUUCACACUUAUCACCUGGAAGUAAAAAUUGCUCUAACAUUGGCCAAGGAAGCAAUGGACAAAAUGCUGAUGAGAGACUUCUUCCAUCUUAUAGUUUUUCUGUAGGCAGUCAUUGCUCUCAAGAAAAAGAUUUACCAUCUAAUUCAAGUGAAGCAGACAAAAUGCAAUGCAUAUCAUCUUCUGUCUGCAUUUCUGAUGAUGAUAAUAGCCCAGCUAGAUCUAACUCACAGAAGAACUCCUCUGGUUCUAGAGAUCUUCCUCCUGAUGCUGAAGUGGUUAUCUGUGUUCCAAGUUUACCUCUUCGUGAUCAUUUUGGAUAUUCGCCAUCAGAGAGGGUGGUUGAUGGGUCAGGCAAAGGAAGCAGAAGUACCCGGUCUGAACAUGAAAAGGGUGUGUUAACUGAAAGUUUUAAGCCAAACAAAGUGAAAGAUGUACCUGUAGCAAGCGUGCUAGACCCGUCAGAUGAUGAGUAUGAUGAUCCUGAGUACAGUCAAGAUCCAGGUGAUGGGGCACAAUAUGUCGACCACCCGAGGGCCACAAAAUCGGGCGAUUCCUUUUUCUCCAGCCUGAUAAAGAAGAGCUUUAAAAUUAACGGUGGAAUGGGCAAUGGCAGAGCAAAGGUCUUCAUCAAUGGCUAUCCCAUUUCUGAUCGUGCUUUGAGGAAGGCAGAGAAGAUUGCUGGACCAAUCUAUCCGGGUGAAUACUGGUAUGACUACCGUGCUGGAUUCUGGGGUGUUAUGGGACAGCCCUGCCUUGGCAUGAUACCCCCAUAUAUUGUGGAAUUUAACUAUCCUAUGCCUAAAAACUGUGCUGGCGGAAAUACUGGUGUGUUCAUCAAUGGCCGAGAACUUCACCAGAAGGACUUGGAUUUACUUGUGGGUCGAGGGCUUCCCGAUUCUCCUGAUAGAUCAUACAGAGUUGAGAUUUCUGGUAAAGUAUUGGAUGAAGUAUCUGGUGAAGAGCUUUAUUGCCUUGGCAAACUUGCACCAACGGUGGAGAAGAUGAAGCGCGGGUUUGGGAUGCGAGUUCCAAGGAUCAUUCAGUGA